ACCCGUAGCAGCAUCGACCCCAUACUUCCAGCUGCAGCUUCAUUGAUGUCGUUACGGUAGCCCGCAGUCGUCGCCAAACACACAACCCCUCCCCCGAAUCGAGACCCCCCCACACCGCCGCCAUGUCCCUGAGCAACAGCCACAGCUUCAUCGAGCCGCAUGUGAGCUCCUCCGAGGCCAACAUCGAUUCGCUCCCCUCCUCCUCCACCCACUCCUCGGCCGACGACGACGAAUAUGUAUCAGACGCAGAAAGGGAAUGGAGGGAGUCGCUGCAGCAAAUGGAGCUCCUGCUGACAAUGGUCAUGGUGCCGUACAUUGGGAAAUACUUUGGGCGCAAGUUCGCAUACUAUGGCUGGGCAAAGUUUAUGGAGUGGAAGUACCCUGUUGAGAUUGUGAUCACGAACAAGACAGCUUUCAAGGCGGCGGGUGCUAUUGAGGCGGCAGCAACGUUAUAGCAUACCUUGCAGUGGGUUUACAGCAACGGCGUUUGAGGCGAAACAAUCACCAACAUUUGGGUCAAUGUUCAAGGACACAAUUGCUUCAGUACAUAAUUGAAAAUGAAAUAAGUCUUGUCACCAAUGCAGCUUCGUGACAGACCCAAACCUCAGAUACGGAG